AUGGCCACUCACCUGGAGCUGCCCACUGGUGGCAGGAUGCCCAUCCUGGGACUGGGCACCUGGCAGGUACCUGCUGGAGCGGCCAGGGAGGCAGUGAAGUUUGCCAUCGAUGUUGGGUACCGCCACUUGGACUGCGCCUUCCUGUACCACAACGAGAGCGACAUCGGGGAUGCUCUGAGACAAAAAAUCCAGGAGGGCGUGGUGAGGAGAGAAGAGCUCUUCAUCGUCAGCAAGCUGUGGUCCACCUUCCACGAGAGAUCCCUGGUGAAGGAGGCGUGCCAGAAAACACUUGCUGCCCUCCAGCUGGAUUAUUUGGAUCUCUACCUGAUGCACUGUCCCAUGGGAUUCAAGGCAGGAGAGGAGUUAUUUCCUGCAGAUGGAAAUGGCAUGAUCAUUCCCAGCAAUACAGAUUUUCUGGAUACGUGGGAGGCUAUGGAAGAGCUCGUGGAUGUGGGAAUGGUGAAGGCUAUUGGAGUCUCCAACUUCAACCACAAACAGAUCCAUCAGCUCCUGAGCAAACCAGGCUUAAGACACAGACCUGUAAAUAAUCAGAUUGAGAGCCACCCCUAUCUUCCUCAGGAAGAGCUGAUUAAGUUUUGCCAAUCCAAAGGGAUCUCUGUCACUGCAUAUUGUCCCCUUGGAGCACCCAACUGGCCAAGGUCCAAGCCUGACCAUAUUUCCCUUCUUGAUGAUCCUCAAAUUAAGGAAAUUGCACUCAAGCAUAACAAAACCCCAGCUCAGGUGCUUAUCCGGCUCCAAAUUCAAAGAAAUGUGAGUGUAAUUCCCAAAUCUGUCACUCCACAGAGGAUUGAAGAAAAUUUUAAGGUGUUUGACUUUGAACUGGCUCAGGAGGACAUGGAGACCCUCCUUGGAUUUAAGAAGCGCUAUCGCAUCUGUGCCUUAAGCGAAUGCAAAAAUCACAAGGACUAUCCUUUUAUUGAAGACUGA